GAUCUGGGUUUUAAAAUGAUCCUCGCCUCGAAAAUACGUAAAUAUGGCAGCCACGUUGGCGGAAGUACAGCUCUUAUGUUGGCUUCAACACAUGGUAACGUAGAAAAUGUGCAACGGCUUCUGGACAAAGGAACGAAUGUAAACGCUAAAGAUGAUUAUGGCAAAACAGCCUUAAUGAUGUCAGCAUGCCAUAGACAUAUCAAAGUUGUUAAAUUACUAAUAGACAGAGGAGCAGACAUACACGAUAAAGACAAUAGCGGUAAGACUGUUUUGAUGUUUGCAGUAGAGAAAGAGCAUAGAAGUAUAUUUGAGCUUCUGGUAGAGAAAGGGGCACAUAUAAAUGAAACUGAUUCCAAUGGGGUCACUGUUCUUAUGCUAGCAGGACGUAAAGGGUUAACUCGCAUGGUUGAAUCCCUAAUUUCAAAAGGAGCAGGCAUCAACACGCAGAACAAAAACGGAUAUUCAGCUGCAAUGCUAGCCAUUGAGAAUAAUCACACAGCUGUCACCAGACUUUUGAUGGACAGGGGAGCAAGUCUAAACCAAACAACCACUGACGGGAAAACAUCUUUAAUGCUCGCUGCUCAGAGCAGGUGCACAGAGCUUAUUGAAUUGUUGGCGAAAGGAGAAAGUUUAAAUCUUAAGGAUGACUAUGGGCAUACUGCCCUUAUGAUAGCAGCACGGGAUGGACAUUUAGAUAUUGCAAAAUUGUUGGUAGAAAAAGAAGCGAAGUUGAACCUGAGAGAUAACAACGGCUAUACAGCUCUAAUGUUUGCUGUCAUCCAUGGCCAAGAAGCUGUUGCUGAGUUUCUUGUUGAUAAAGGAGCUAAUUUACAGAAACAAACUAACGAUAAAAAGACUCUGUUGAUGUUGGCUUCGGGUAAUGGACAGAAAUGUAUUGUUGAACUGCUUCUGACAAGAGGAAUAAAGGUUUGUGAUAAAGCUGACGAUGGCACAAUAGCUGUUAUGUGUGCCGCAUUGGGUGGGCAUUUAGACAUCGUUGAGAUGUUAGUAGAUGAGGGAGCAAACAUAAAUGACAAGAAGUGUGAUGGACAGAGUGCUCUGAUGUUGGCAGUAAUGCGAGGCCGUGAAGAAGUUGCUAAAUUUCUUAUUCAGAAUGGUGCUAAUGUGGUAGAGAAGCGAGGUGAUGGCAAAACGAGUCUAAUGAUAGCUUCAGAGUAUGGUAGCACAGAACUGGUACAAACUCUUUUAGAGCGCAAUGUAAAUGUUAAUGACACAGGAAAAAAUGCAAGGACGGCUUUAAUGUUUGCAGCAUUCUCAGGCCGCACUGAAAUCGUUGAACGACUAUUACAAAAUGGCGCCAAUGUGAAUGCAAGAAAGGCUAACGGAAGGACUUCGCUGUUUUUCGCUGCUGAAAAUGGACAUGCGAAAACUGUUCAAUUGCUUAUCACACGGGGAGCUAAAAUCAAUGAAAAGGAUUACAAUGGAUUUACCGCACUAAUGUUGGCAUCAAGAAAUGGACAUGAAGACAUUGUUUUGCUGUUGGUUAAUGAGACUACAGUAAAUCAAGAGAAUAAAUUAGGAAGAACAGCAUUUAUUUAUGCCGCUUUGAGAGGACACAUGUGCAUAGUUCAACUGCUGAUAGAUAACUCUGCUGAUAUCUUUAAACAAGAUAAAUUCAAAAGAUCUGCGCUCAUAUUUGCAGUACUGACAGGGUCUCUUGAUACUGUAAGACUGCUCAUAGAUAAGGGAGCAGAUGUUAACGAAAAAGAAAUAACUGAUCUGACACCCCUCAUGAUUGCUGCACAGAGAGGUCACAAGGAUGUCAUUGAAAUACUUUUGGGGAAAAAAGCUAAAAUAAAUGAAAAAGACAUGUAUGGCAAGUCUGCAGUUAUUUUCGCGACAUUGAAUGGACACCUAGACAUUGUUCAAAUGUUGGUUGAGAAUGGAGCUAAAUUGGAAGAGAUACGUGGAAUGCCAAAACACCUUUGAUUAUAGCAUCUGAAAAUGGAUUUAAAGACAUCUCAGCAUACCUAAUUCACAAAGGAGCAUUACUGAAUGAAAAAGAUAGUAAUGGAAUGAGCAGCCUAAUGCUUGCCACAGUCUAUGGACACACGGAUGUAGUCAAGUUGCUAAUAGAAAACAAAGCAGAUCCCAACGAGAGGAAUCGGAAUGGAAAGACUGCACUUAUGAUGGCCGCAUCGUGUGGACACGCAAAUGUCAUAGACAUUCUUAUUGACAAUGGAGCAGACGUUCACGCGAGAGACAAGGGCGGAGCGACGGCAUUAAUGUUCGCUGCCGGGAAUGGUAAACAAAAAUCUGUUGAAAAACUUUUAGAAAGAGGAUCUCGGUUAAGUGAGAAAGAACUUAAUGGCGCGACCGCGCUCAAUUUUGCCGAACAAGCCGGACAUGCAGAGAUGGUUAACUUUCUUAAA